UUUAUAUUCGAACGGCACACAUUUUUUCCGAUCAGUGUCAACACCACCAUCCACCGAAUCUAUUACACCCACCAUUUAUCCCCCCCAAAUUCCUCGGACCUUGAACAAUUCUUCAAAUAUAAUAACUCCCAUUUUAUUUAUAUUUGUUGAUAAUUUGAUAUCAUAUCUUAUCCUUAAUUGAUCUUCUUCACCGGUCAAAGGAUAAUUAGGGGUUGGGACAAAAUGGCCAUUGAUGAGAUAUUUGGGGAAACUCGACCGGUGCUCUUCCCAACCAAAAGUGCACUUUACGUUUGGGGUUAUAAUCAGUCUGGUCAAACGGGUCGAAAGUGUAAGGAACAGAGUUUGAGGAUUCCGAAACAGCUUCCGCCUGACCUUUUUGGUUGUCCAGCCGGAGCCAAUUCACGGUGGUUAGACAUGGCUUGUGGUCGUGAGCAUACUGCAGCGGUAGCUUCUGAUGGAUCGCUAUUUACUUGGGGGGCAAAUGAGUUUGGUCAGUUAGGGGAUGGGACUGAAACGAGUCGAAAACAUCCUAAAAAGGUGAAGCUAUUGCAAGAUGAACUUGUGAUAUCCGUCUCUUGUGGAGCACAUUGCACUGCUGCUAUUGCUGAGCCACGCGAAAACGAUGGAACAAUAUCUACUAGAAGACUUUGGGUUUGGGGACAAAAUCAGGGAUCUAACCAUCCUCGAGUAUUCUGGGGAGCGUUUUCUCCUAACACGGUUGUUCGUCAAGUAUCCUGUGGGGCUGCGCAUACGAUAGCACUAUCAGAGGAUGGUCUACUGCAAGCUUGGGGCUACAAUGAAUACGGUCAACUUGGGAGAGGUGUUACAUGUCAAGGGCUUCAGAAGGCUCGUGUUAUUAGUUCAUAUGCUAAGUUCCUUGAUGAAGCCCCUGAGCUUGUGAAGAUUACUCAAGUAUCAUGUGGCGAGUACCACUCAGCAGCCGUAUCAGAGGAUGGAGAGGUAUACACUUGGGGAUUAGGAAACAUGGGCCAACUUGGGCACUAUUCUGUUCAAUCAGAUGACAAAGAGUUGAUACCACGGCGUGUUGUUGCUCUUAAUGGGAUAUUGGUGAAGGAUGUAGCAUCAGGUGGAAUGCAUACAUGUGCUGUGACUACAAAAGGAGCUCUAUAUACAUGGGGUGGGGGUCAACAUGGUCAACUAGGACUUGGCCCGCAGAAUUUUUCCUUUUCAUGUGUUGCUAGUGACGCUGGAACCAUGGUUCGUAACCUGCCGGUUUUGGUCCUGCCAUAUGGCGUGAAACAGGUUGCUUGUGGGCAUUCUCACACUCUGGUCUCCACUCAAGAUGGUAGAAUCCAUGGAUGGGGUUAUAACAACUAUGGUCAAGCGGCUAAUCAGAAAUGCACUUAUGCUUGGUACCCAUCCCCAGUUGACUGGUGUAUUGGCGAAGUAAGGAAACUGGCAGCCGGUGGAGGUCAUUCUGCUGUACUUACAGAUGCGUGUUCCUUGAAGGAGUUGUGCGAGUUUAGGCUUGCUGACUGCGUGACCCCAGGGAAUGCUUCUAUGAUUGAAGAUGUUGCUUAUCGAACUGGCUCAGAUGCUUUGGCACGCCUUUGUGAGAGGUUAAGGGAAUAUCCCCAUGAUAAUGGAAUCUGUGAGUGCUAAACCAACCACAAAAGGACUCAUUGGCAAGCUCCAACUAUUGAUGAAGUCAAAAAUGAUGUUGUAUAGCUGGCUGAUGUCUUGCUGUUAUAUUUAGUCCAUAAAUGUUGUAUGUUAACAUUUGUAGAACAUUUGUGUCUCAACUUGUACAAACAUCUGUUAUAUGUACUUGCUAAUAUAGACUUGUGCAGCAUGCAUUAUAGUUAUAUUCA